AUGGCUCUCAUUGAAACAAGAACUAAGGCUUGCAAACUUCCAGUUUUAGCUAAAAAGAUUGCUUGCAAUUGGAAUUGGUUUUCAAAUGAUUUCAAUUCUUGUAAGACUAGAAUUCUGAUCCUAUGGGAUCCAAAUACACUGGAUAUUCAGGUUGACAGCUACUCACCUCAGCAUAUCACCUACUCAACUAAAUCUUUAGAUGGAAGGAUUGAAUGUCAUAUUUCUUCUAUAUAUGUAUACAAUCAGGUUGAGAAUAGGAAAUCUCUCUUGUCAGAGUUAAAACAAAUUCAACAAUCUAUUGGGAAUAAGCCAUGGAUCCUAUGUGGUGAUUUUAAUGCUAUAACUGGACAUGAGGAUAAGCUUGGUGGAGCUAUGGUUACUGAAGCUGAAACAACUAAUUUCAGGAAUUUCAUUUAUGGUUGUCAACUUUCUCAUUUGAAAACUGAAGGCUGCUUCUUCACUUGGAACAAUAAACAAGAGGCAAAUUCCAGAGUAUGGAGUAGACUGGAUAGAACCCUGGUUAAUGAUGCCUGGCUAAAUUUACAAAACUCUAGUCAUGUUGAAUACUUGUUACCCAAUUGUUCAGAUCAUUCCCUAGCUUUGGUGUCCAUAUAUGAUGAAUGUGUGCAAGGGAAAAAACCAUUUAAAUUCUUCAAGAUGUGGAUCAAUCAUCACAACUACUUACCCUUAGUAUCUUCUAUCUGGCAAACUCAAAUUCCAGGUUGUGCAAUGUAUUCUGUUGCUAGCAAGCUGAAAUUAUUGAAGAUUGCUCUCAAGGAUUUGAACAAGAAAAACUAUCACAACAUUAGUGAGCAGGUAAAUAGAGCAAUGGCUAAUUUGGAGAAUGCUCAAAAAAACCUACAAUCUGGCCCUCUUAAUCCUGAUUUCAUUGCUCAGGAAAAAAAUUGUGUAAUUUCACUCAAUAAGCUACUAGAGUGUGAACUGUCUUUCUACCAGCAAAAGUCCAGAAUUCAAUGGGACAGAAUCACAGAUGGUGGUAUGAUCAUUCAAGAGCUUAUUGAUUUUUAUAAGAAUCUUUUGGGCUCUAGCACACCAAUUGCCAAAUCUGACAAAAAUAUCAUCUGCAAUGGUCCAUGUUUAAACGAAGCACAAGCAAACUCUCUAUCCUCUACUGUGACCAGAGAUGAAAUAAAAAAUGCAAUUUUCUUUAUGGAUGAUAACAAAGCUCCGGGGCCUGAUGGAUUUAGUAUGUCCUUCUACAAAUCAGCUUGGAGUGUUAUUGGUGAUGAGGUAACUAAGGCUAUCUCUUAA